GCUUUCACUGUUGUGGGGUUUUGUUUUAUAUUGAUUUCGGUUGGCUUCAAAAUCUUUAAUGAUGGCUAUAUUUCUCCUAUACUUCAAUUAAAGUUUGUGAUUAUAAGUGGGUUUUGUCCUGCAAUUUUGGUGCAUUAAUGAGGUCUCGAGAGUUGUAGCUUUCUUGGAGUGUGAUUUGAGCUGAGGAUUAGACCAGAAUUUGUUUUCAGUGGCUAAUUGGGCAAUGGAUUUGGAUGGAGAUGCAACAGGGACCAAAAAUGUAAAACAAACUGCAACCCGGGGCUGCCAGAUCUGCAGUGACGAUAUUGGCAUGACUGUGGAUGGCGAACGCUUUGUUGCUUGCCAUGUUUGUGCAUUUCCUGUGUGCCGUCCAUGUUAUGAGUAUGAGAGGAAAGAUGGUAACCAGUCUUGUCCUCAAUGCAAAACCAAAUACAAGAGGCAUAAAGGUAGCCCUCCAAUUUGUGGGGAGGAAGUGAAAGAUGCUGAUUUAAGUGAUGUGGAAAAUAAGUCAAAUCAUCAUGCAUCAGGGAUUCAAGAAGAGAAGAAUAAGAUAGAGCAUAUGCUGGGCUGGGAUGCGAGCUCUGGUCGAAAAGAUAAUGUUGCACCUACUAACUAUGAUAAAGAGGUUUCUCUUAAUCAUAUUCCUUAUUUGGCUGGUAGACUCUCGGUUUCUGGGGACUUGUCAGCUGCAUCUCCUGAGCGUUUCUCAAUGGCUUCUCCUGAAAGUGGCAGCAGAGGUAAGGGUGUACUAAAAAUUCUAUCAGUCAUUCAACAUGUUAAUUUGAUUUUGUCACUGGACUUGUUUGCAGUUAAUAUCAGGGUUGGAGAUCCUGCAAGGGAGUCUGGCUUGUCAGGGUUUGGUAAUGUUGCCUGGAAGGAGAGGAUUGAUGGUUGGAAGAUGAAGCCAGAGAAGAGUCCUGCUCCAAUGAGUGUUAGUAAUGCACCAUCUGAAGGCAGAGGUGGUGGAGAUUUUGAUGCCAGCACCGAUGUGCUAAUGGAUGAUUCUUUAUUGAAUGAUGAAACCCGCCAGCCUCUCUCAAGGAAGGUUUCUAUUCCUUCCUCUAGGAUUAACCCUUACAGGAUGGUUAUUGUUUUGCGGCUUAUUAUUCUUUGCAUUUUUUUGCACUACCGGAUAACAAAUCCGGUGAGGGAUGCUUAUUCUUUGUGGUUAAUAUCUGUUAUCUGUGAGAUAUGGUUUGCAAUAUCAUGGAUAUUGGAUCAGUUCCCUAAAUGGCUUCCUGUAAACCGUGAGACAUAUCUUGAUCGGCUAGCUCUCAGAUAUGAGAAAGAAGGAGAGCCAUCUCAGCUGGCUGCUGUCGACAUUUUUGUCAGUACAGUGGAUCCUUUAAAGGAACCUCCACUUGUCACAGCCAAUACAGUCCUCUCUAUUCUUGCUGUUGACUACCCUGUUGACAAGGUUUCUUGCUAUGUUUCUGAUGAUGGAGCUGCUAUGUUGACCUUUGAAUCCCUGUCUGAAACAUCUGAAUUCGCUAGAAAAUGGGUUCCUUUCUGCAAGAAAUACAGCAUUGAACCACGAGCUCCAGAAUGGUACUUUGCUCAGAAGAUUGACUACUUAAAAGAUAAGGUUCAUCCAUCUUUUGUUAAAGACCACCGAUCUAUGAAGAGAGAAUAUGAAGAAUUUAAAGUUCGUAUCAAUGGGCUUGUGGCAAAGGCACAGAAGGUUCCUGAUGAAGGAUGGGUGAUGCAAGAUGGUACACCUUGGCCCGGCAAUAACACCAGAGAUCAUCCAGGAAUGAUCCAGGUUUUCUUGGGCCAUAGUGGAGGAUUUGACAGUGAGGGUAAUGAACUUCCACGACUGGUAUAUGUAUCUCGUGAGAAGCGUCCUGGUUUUCAGCAUCACAAAAAGGCUGGUGCCAUGAAUGCACUUGUGCGUGUUUCGGCAGUUCUUACCAAUGGGCCCUUCUUGUUAAAUCUCGAUUGUGAUCAUUACAUAAACAACAGCAGGGCACUGAGAGAAGCUAUGUGUUUUCUAAUGGAUCCUAACCUUGGAAGUUCUGUUUGUUAUGUCCAGUUUCCCCAGAGAUUUGAUGGGAUUGAUAAGAAUGAUCGAUAUGCCAACCGUAACACUGUUUUCUUUGAUAUAAAUUUAAGAGGAUUGGACGGCAUCCAAGGUCCUGUGUAUGUGGGUACAGGUUGUGUAUUCAAUAGAACAGCUUUGUAUGGCUAUGAACCUCCUCUCAAGCCUAAGCAUAAGAAACCAGGAGUGUUAUCUUCAUGCUUUGGUGGAUCUCGGAAGAAGACUUCUAGCUCAAGCAAAAAUAACUCUAGUAAGAAAAAAUCAAGCAAGCACAUUGACCCUACCGUGCCAGUGUUCAAUUUGGAAGAUAUAGAAGAAGGGGUUGAAGGUGCUGGAUUUGAUGAUGAGAAGUCACUGCUCAUGUCACAAAUGACACUUGAAAAAAGGUUUGGUCAAUCAGCUGUAUUUGUAGCUUCAACGCUUAUGGAGAAUGGUGGUGUUCCUGAGUCUGCCACCCCAGAAUCUCUCCUCAAAGAAGCCAUUCAUGUCAUUAGCUGUGGAUACGAGGACAAGACAGACUGGGGAAGUGAAAUAGGAUGGAUAUACGGUUCUGUUACAGAAGAUAUCCUUACAGGAUUCAAGAUGCAUGCCCGUGGUUGGAGAUCAAUCUAUUGCAUGCCUCAGCUUGCGGCCUUUAAAGGAUCUGCUCCUAUCAACCUUUCUGAUCGUCUAAAUCAAGUGCUUAGGUGGGCUUUAGGUUCAGUUGAAAUUCUUCUUAGCCGCCACUGCCCCAUAUGGUAUGGUUAUGGUGGAAGGCUAAAAUGGCUUGAGAGAUUUGCUUAUGUCAAUACCACAAUUUAUCCUGUCACGUCCAUUCCUCUUCUUGCCUAUUGUACAUUGCCAGCUGUCUGCCUUCUUACUGGAAAGUUCAUUAUUCCACAGAUCAGUAACAUUGCCAGUAUCUGGUUCAUAUCCCUCUUUCUUUCAAUCUUUGCUACUGGUAUUUUAGAAAUGAGAUGGAGUGGUGUUGGAAUUGAUGAGUGGUGGAGAAAUGAACAAUUUUGGGUUAUUGGAGGAGUGUCAGCUCACCUUUUUGCCGUUUUCCAAGGCCUGCUGAAAGUUCUUGCUGGAAUUGAUACUAAUUUUACUGUCACUUCCAAAGCAUCUGAUGAAGAUGGAGAUUUUGCUGAGCUUUAUAUGUUUAAAUGGACUACUCUUCUCAUCCCACCAACCACUCUCCUUAUAAUUAAUCUGGUUGGAGUAGUUGCUGGAAUUUCCUAUGCCAUUAAUAGUGGAUAUCAAUCUUGGGGUCCUCUCUUUGGCAAGCUAUUCUUUGCUUUCUGGGUGAUUAUUCAUCUGUAUCCCUUCCUUAAGGGUUUGAUGGGACGGCAGAACCGGACACCUACAAUUGUUGUUGUAUGGUCAAUUCUCCUUGCAUCUAUCUUCUCCUUACUCUGGGUCCGUAUUGAUCCUUUUACAACCCGGGUUACUGGCCCAGACGUUGAGCAGUGUGGAAUCAACUGCUAGUUGAAAAUGCCGCUGUGAAAUAGAAGGUCAUGACCGACAGGAAUAAAAGUUUUGGAUAUUUAUUCUGAAAUCCUCAGUUGGAAGAAUGUGAAGGUAUAAGCUUUUAGAUUUGUGUAGUAUGAGUGGCAAUUAAUUGUUUCAUAAGUAAAGAAUUAUAGGUUUAUUAUAUUCUUAUUCUAUUUAA